AUGGAUAGUGACAUUACUAUUGAGCCUAGUCCAGCAGGCAAGGGUCGAAAAAGACUGGUUAAUAAGCAGGAAUGGAAACGAGAAAAAGCCAAAAUAAAAAGAUAUUCACGAAAGCGCCUUCCUGAAUUUCCCACGUGUGGUCAUAAAACAAAAAAGCUUCAAUGUUUGUCGCUUACUAUGACCGAAAUAGGAAAAUUUAAUGAAAAGUCUUAUCAUCAGGCAUCCAAAUCAUAUCAAGAUCUGUUUAUAUUGAAACACUGCGUAACGAAUAAACCAAUAAGACCUGGUACCAAAAUUAAAGAAAAUGUUCGAAACAAACCAAAGACAGUCAGUGUGCAGUACAAAAUUAUCACUUCAAAAGGACAAAUUUGUGUUUGUGAAAAGACAUUUGUGGCUAUACUGGGUGUUGGAAGAAAUCGAAUUGAAAGAAUAAUAAAACAAUAUCACGAGACAGGUGUUUUGCCAGUUAAAAGAAGGGGAGGUGUUUCAAACAAAUCAGCCCAUAAAAAACAGGCCGUACAGAAUUUUAUUGAAUCCAUAACUUGUUGUGAGACUCAUUACGCGAGGAAUAAAACAGUUAUUAGAAGAUACUUACCUUGUGAACUGAACAUAGUGAAAUUGUGGAAGAUGUAUGAUUCAAAAGUGAACGAACAGUUAAAAGUCAAACAGUGUUUUUUCAGACAUAUUUUUGUACGAAAGUACAACAUUGGCUUUGAAUCACCAAAAGUUGAUGUUUGGUCCAAAUGUCUACAAUUUUCGGAGAAAAUAAAAAAAAUCACCGAUCCACACGAAUAG